ACUUAUCUCUUCAGCCUCAGCAUCUUCAACUCUCAAACAACCAACACACCGAGCAAAUAAUAGCAAAUGGCUUCAAUCUUCCUCAAACAAACCAUCACUCUCCUCUUAAUUUUCUCUGCUCUUUCUAUUUCCAUAGCCUCCAUCCUCGACACAGAUGGUGAACCACUCGUGAAUGGUGGGCAAUACUACAUCAUCCCACAGAGCGCAGGCAUCAUGGGACGUGGCCUCACCUUAAUAUCGAAACCUGAUGCCUCACCAUGCCCACUCCAUAUAACCAGAGACAAAGAUGAAACCUCUCUUGGCAUCCCUGUUACAAUCACUUCCCCUUUUAAAGUAGAGUUCAUUACAGACUCUGUACCAAUUAACAUUGUCUUCAAAGACACUCCCAACAUUUGUGUGCAAUCAUUGGCAUGGCAGAUGAUUCCUGAUGAAACAACUGGUCAGUUUUACGUGGCCACUGGUGGUAGUGGUUUCCUCCCAACUGAGAGUUUCAUGGUUGUGAAGAUUGGGGAUAAGAAUGUGUAUAAGAUGAGGUACAUUGGGGAAUUCGAUGAAACAUUAUAUAUUGGAAUUUUUAAGAAGGAUGGACUUUUGGGAUCUACUAAUGAAAUUCCUCUUCCUGUUGUGUUCAAGAAAACCAGCUUUGACGUUUUAAGGAUGACAAAUUAAAACCUUAAUGGAGAUAAUGCUAUGUAGUACUUAAUAGUUCAUGCAUGGAUAAAUAACUUCCUCCGAAGAAGAUGUAUGUAUACUCUUCUAGUCGUGUCUGGAAAAAGAACAUUUAAUUUGAAUCGUUUUUUCUUUUUGCAUUCUUAAUCGAGAUGCUAUGUAGUACUUAAUAGUUAAUAGUUCAUGCGUGGAUAAAUAAAUAAAUAUUGGAUUUUAAUAAUCCAACCUUAAAUGAGUUA